CACUUCCUUAGCAAAAUUGGUUUUGGAUUCCGUGAGCAAAAAUGCGACACUUUUACAGACACAAAUAGAAACAGCGGGGACAAAGCGAAAACUGUGUGAUAUUGUCAAUAUCUUCUGCGGCGAAAGCGUUUCCCUUUGACGUGAAGAAGAAUCAUCAUCAUCGUUCACCACAUCUUGAUUAUUGAAGCUUGAAUCUUCAUGAUGGCUGGCUCUGCGUGUGCUUCUUCUUGUUGUGCCUCUGCGCUCAUUCCUAAAUCAACGCCUCCAAUUGCAGUCGUCUUUUGCGGCAAUAGAAGUUUCGUAACCAAUCGAAUUUCUCGCUUAUGCGUUAGGGUUUCCAUGUUUGACUCCUCCUCUUCGUCUUCCGAUUUUACUAAGCGCAUGGAACAAGCCUGGUUAAUCUCUCAGCAACCAAGGCCAGUUGUGUGUUCAUCUUGCAGCUCAAAAGGGCAUAUUGAAUGCAAAUGGUGUGGGGGUACUGGUUUUUUUGUUCUUGGUGACAACAUGCUUUGUGAAGUUCCAUCCAGAAACACUAGUUGUAUUAUUUGCAGUGGACAGGGAUCAACUUGUUGCUCUAAUUGUCAAGGAACAGGCUUUCGUGCAAAGUGGUUGGAAGAACCUCCUGCAUCCUAGUGGAAAAAAAUACUGCUGAAAUGGUGGACAUAGGUUUUAAGUUGAAAGGAUUGAAGUUGUAUUAUACCUCAUUUUGCAGCAGCAGUCACUUUAACUGCAGACUACUUGUAUAUUGAACAAUACUGUCUAUUUGUUUUUUCAGCAAACGCUGAUUAUGUUAUUGUAUUUUUCUCUCUGUAUACCAUGUACAAGUGUAUUUGUUUUAUCAAAUGAAACACAGUAUUCUUGAAAGUUGAAACCACUGAUGCAGGUUUCAGUUUCAAACAUGUAAUUAUGUAAAUGCCAAGUUUAUUAGAACGCAAUAUAUGAACGAGACCGUCCAGUUGAGGUUUAGUUAAAAAA